AUGUCCAUGUUCAAAGGGAUGCUCAUAAAGUCCUCCGAGCGAAGCUCCAAGGGGAAAAACCUCAAUGCGGGUAAGGGAAGUGCUUCGCAAGAGGCACAAUUGACGAGGGGAAGCAGCACUGUGAGUUCGAAGAGGGGGGACGCAUACCUGGACUUGGAGGACCUAGCGCCCAGCUACUGCAGCAGUGUGGCAGCUACUGAUAAGAGCGCGAAUAAUGUCCAGGGAGACGAAGCAGUUACAUUACCCCUGCAGGGGGAUAACGAUGAGGGGAGUUUCGAACGUUUAAGAAGUUUUUACAAAAUUGCACAAAGUGGAAAUGCCCCCAGGUGUGGCAGCUACGAACGAGGCAAUAGCAACAACGAGUCAGCAAACGGGGAGAAACGUAGCAGUUGCAGGCAGCCGAACUGGAGUGAUUCCCGGAAUGAAUACUCAAGUGAACCAUAUGAAGGGUAUCUGCAACACGCAGAAAGGGAAAUAACAAAACGAAGCGACGGUGCCACUUCCCAACAGGAGGGAGAGCGUCACAUAGAGAACUUUCCUCAGGAGAAAUUAAACCUGUUGAAUGACCUCCUAACCGUGAUGAGCGAUUUUUUCAUGACGAACACAAAGCAGUGGAAUAAGAAUAAGAUGAAAAAAAUUUUGGACGAACUGGCGCAAAAUAAAAUCCACCAAAAUGUGCUAAUCGUUAUGUAUUACUUUACAUACGAGGCGUAUGCAAAUAAAGUCCUCCUCAACUUGAAGGAAGAAUACAACUGUGAUUUGCUAAUUCAUAAAUUUUUGGGGAAGGUCGAUAAGAUAAGGAAAAAAAGAAAGAAAUGUAAAGAAGAGGAGAAAGUCCUCAUCAUAAAUGAAAAGCUAGACACAGCCCACGAAAUGCAAAAACAAAUAUUCACCUACAAUUUGCAGUUAACAAGUAUCGAAAAUUACAUUACCAAUUUAUUUAGGAAAAAAAAACAAGUAAACAGUUGUAACCUCAUUUUGAAGUGCUACGUAGAGAAUGUUCUGCGCUUGAUUAUUCGUAAUAUAUGCACAAAUAAAAAAGAAGAAAAAAAAAAAAAAAAAAAUUUUUUUGAGGAAAAAAAAAAUGAACUGUCCAUAUGGAAGAAGAAGAUCACACAAAAGGAGGAAGACAUAAAAGCUGAGGAGGAAAGCAUAAAAGAGAAAACACGAAAUGUAGAGGAAUCCAAAGAGGAGCUGAACAAAGCUGUGCAAGACCUAUCCUCCACGUACGAAAAUCAGUUACAAAAAAUUGACGAAGAUAUUGACUCCCUUGAUCGAAACAUAAAAGAACUCGAAGAAAUUAUUUCCAUUAAAAAAUCGAAAAAGGAAGACGCCAUAAGGAGUAGGAGAAAAUUAGAGGAAGAGAAAGAAACGGAGAUGAAGACCCUUCUGCAAAAACAGUCCGAUUUAAAUACCUCCAUGAAUUUUAUAAAAAACACCACCUCCCUCAUGGAGGAAAAAAAGAAAUUCGUUGCCGAUGAAAAGGAAAAAACGAAAAAAGCCAUAGCCCAUUUGAAGAAGGCUUACCAAAGCUCCUGUCAGAAGAAGGCCCAAACGAACCGCUUACUUUUCGAUCUAAAAAAUGUCGUUCGGAAUUUGUACAACUCGGAUGAGGAGUGCAAACAUGUGUGUGAAGGUAAUUCAGGGGGGAAGCCGUUCGUCCAAAAUUAUUCAGAAAAAACGGAUGGAAAGGGCACUUCCCCUGCGCCUGAUGAAUGUGCACACACCGCUGAUGCUACACUGACGAAAGGACAAGAACAGGACAGCCACCAUUUGGUUACCUCCAAUUUGCUGAAAAAAAUAUUCCUAUUAAAAAAAAACAUUUUCGACGUGGAAAAAAAUAUGAACAACAUUAAGGGGAAAAAAAAAAAACUCACCAUCGACAUCAGCCAAUUUAACUGCGAAAUGGACAACAUAAAUAUUAAGAAGGAAAAUCUGAAGAAUAAAAAAAAAAUCCUUCUGAAGAAUAAAAUGCUAAGUGAAAUUAAGAACACAAUUAACGAGUUGGAGAAAUUGGACCAAACGGAAGACGUCAUUUUGAAGCAACUGGAGGAGGCGAAGGCGGACCUGAGCCUGUUAAGGAAGGACCACCUUCGGAUGAAGGAACAGAAAGAAGAAUUAAAGCGCAGAUUAUUUCGCCAAGAAAGGAAGUUGCUCAAGCGGGAAAUACGCCACGUUCGGGGGGGCCUCAAUGAUAACAAGGGGGAAGAUAACACUGUGGUAACUCCCCCAGAUGAGGACGUGAUAAAUGUACCCGUAGCCAUGGUUGACUGUGAGGCGGGUAACGUAGUUAACGGUGAGACGGGUGACGUGGUAUCGUCCCCUAUGGAAGAACCCAACCAGGAGGAAACCUUCCCAUUUUCCGACGAAUCGGAGCAAUCAGAGGGGGGCGAAUCAAUUGCCGCCUUAAGUCAGGUGCUGGACCAGUUGGAGAGGAUAAGUACGCACGGCGAAGAUGAGGAGGAUGAAAAUAUGUGGAGCGAUCAAGGGGGGAGUGCCCAAGAGGAAGAAGACACCUCACAGAGUGAUGAAGAAGAGGUGGACCAAGGAGGAGACGGCAGAACCGACCGAACCGACCGAAACGGCGGAGUGGAGACUCCCCCCCCAAGUGAUGAAGAGAAAAGUGGCCCAUCGGGGGACAACUCCGACAGUGGUGACUUUGGCGACGGGGUGGGAGCCGUUGCAGAUGUUGUGCCCAACGGAAAGGAAGAAAAGAAAAGAGAUUCCUUCCUACGCAUUAGUACACCGAGCAGUGAUCCACUGAACCGACUAGAAAAGUUAAAACUGGAGGAGAGUUGCACCUUCGAAAGAAUGCUAGAGAAGUACAAAAACCUAUGCAAUUUAAGUGAAAGUGUAGACCACCAUGUGUUGGAAAAAGAAGUUCGGCAGAUCUAUAGGGACAUAACGAAAGAGCAAACCAUUUUUAAAAACAAAAAAUUGCUCACCUUAAGGAAUAGGAGAAGAGUCCUAAAGAGGUACUACCACUACGUGUCGGACAAUAGUGAGGAGGAGGAUCUGAAUGGAUAA